GCGGCGCCCUGUACAGUGGCGAAGAAGAGCCCGGAAUCAUCAUGGCUAGUCACGUCUUGUUGAUCCGGCAAGACAUCGCGACGCCGUGGUGGUUCAUCUUGCGGGCCUUCGUCGGCGCCGCCUACGUCGGCUUCGUCGCGCUCCGUCUCCUGGCCUACCUCUGGCUCUGCCUCCCCCGCAUGCCCAAGGGCGACCUCCGCCGCCGGUACGGCGAGUGGGCCGUCGUCACCGGGCCAACGUCCGGUAUCGGCCGUGCCAUGGCGCUGGAGCUCGCGCGUCACGGCCUCAAUCUCGUGCUCGUCGGCCGUGACCCGGCCAUCCUCCGGCAGAUCUCCGACACGAUCGCGUCUCUGUCGGAGUUGAUCGUGGUGAACAAUGCAGGCGUGGCGGAGCCCGGCGCGGUGUACCUGCACGAGGCGGACGUGGAGGCGUGGGCGAGGAUGGUGCGGGUGAAUGUGUCAGCAGUGACAGAGGUGACGGCAGCGGUGUUGCCGGGGAUGGUGGCGCGGGGCAGGGGAGGCGCUGUCGUCAACAUCGGCUCAGCGGCGUCAGAGUCCAUCCCGUCCUUACCCCUAUACACCAUGUACUCCUCCACCAAACGCAGGUACGUGGCUCAGUUCUCCCGGAGCCUUCACGUCGAGUAUGCAAGUAAAGGGAUCCAUGUGCAAUGCCAGGCACCGUUCCUCGUGGACACGAGGCUGAUGUUCAGGUUCGAGGAGGCGGCGGGCGGCGUGUCGCUGUUCACGGUGACCCCGGACGCGUACGCGCGCGCGGCGGUGGCGUGGAUCGGCCGCGGCGGCGCGCUCUGCACGCCGGGCGUCCGGCACCAGCUGCUGCGGCGCAUGGCCGCCGCCGUUCCGGACUCCGUCCACGACUGGAUCCUCCUGCACUUAACCACCUGGAACAGAAAGCGUCGUUUCAGCGGAUCAGAGUGACAAGUUCUAUCGACAGAUUAUGCGAUGCUAAAGAAUUGCCAACAAAUAAAUGUGUCUUCGAAAAGUACACUUGCCGAUAUAUUGUUUGUUGCCCAUUUUAUUCACACUAGGAAGGUGGCCCGCGCGCAUACGCGGGCACUUAUAUUAUUGCAAGCUAAGAUUAUUGUUUGUUCAAAAUUUUCAUCUAAUAGAUUAAGGGCAAACUAAAGUUUGGAUAAUGUUAUUUCAUAAUAAUUUAAGGGUUCUAUUUUGCUUAA